AUGAACGUUCAAGUGGAAGUUAUCUCCAAGGAGAUCAUCAAACCCUCUUCUCCAACCCCAAACCCUCUUCGCCAUUACAAGUUAUCUUUUCUUGAUCAACUAACUCCCCCAUCGUAUACCUCUUUGGUGUUUUUCUAUGAAUUUAAUGGCGAGACCCAACCCGCUAUUAAUGAAGUAUCAAAGAAACUUAAGAAGUCCUUAGCCAAGGUCUUAACCCUUUUCUACCCGCUAGCCGGACGAGUGAAAAUCGACGAUCAUUUUGUGGACUGCAAUGAUGAGGGAAUUGCCUACCUCGAGGCUCAAGUAACCAACUGCCGGCUUUGUGAUUUUCUCAACAAUCCGCUCCCUGAUGAACUCAAUAAAUUUAUCCCAUUUGCGCAAGAUGAGCAUAUUGCAAAUGAAAUUGCCCUCGGUGUCCAGCUCAAUAUGUUUGAAGGAGGCUUUGCCAUUGGUCUAUGCACUUCCCACAAGCUUGCUGAUUUGCUAUGCAUGCUCAUGUUCACCAAAACUUGGGCUGCCAUUGCCCGUGAUGAAGUCGAAAUACAGCGUCCCCAAUAUGUUUCCGCCACACUCUUCCCACCCAAGGGGAUCACCAGCUAUAAUUGGGGCGCUGGUAUCGCGACGAAGAAAGUAACAAAGAGGUUUGUGUUCGAUGCCUCCACGAUAGAGGAUCUCAGAGCAAAAUAUACAGGCUUGCAAAACGGUGAGAAACAACCGUCGCCUGUCGAGGCCUUAUCGGCUUUCAUGUGGAGGCGAUUUGUGGAAGCUACCAAGGAUGAUCAUGCUGAUGAGAAUAAGUUGCACAGCCUGAUCCACUCUGUGGACUUGCGUCCGCUGAUUGAUCCACCGCUGUCUCCAUAUUCUUUUGGAAACAUUUAUGGUAAUUCCUUGACUGCUCCCUUCUUAAGUAGUGGGGAUGAUGAUGAUGGUGAUCAAGAAUCUUCUUAUGGCAUGGUAAGGCGGGUACGAGAAGCAAUAAGCAAGAUUGACAAGGACUUCGUGAAAAGACUACAACAUGGUGAUGAGCAGCUGAGUUUGAUCGGCCGGCUUGCUCAAAGCGCUAGCAAAGGGGAGGUGGUUACUUCUUACCACAGUAGUUUGUGCCAAUUUCCUCUCUAUGAUAAUGAUUUUGGUUGGGGAAGACCUAUAUGGGUGAGCUUACCACCACUGCCCGUGAAGGACAUAAUAGUUUUCCUCGACACCAAGGAGCCUGGUGGAGUAGAGGCAUACGUUAGCCUUGCCAAGGAAGUCAUGACUAAAUUUGAAAGUGACACCUACCUCCGACGAAGGGUGGGCACGGGUCGGGUCGGUUCUGCAAGUUCAUGCUUAAUUCAUCAACCAGCCCGAUUCAAUCAAGUUGUAACAUUUCACACCCGAAAUCAAGCAAGUGUUAUUAGGAAACCAACCCAAACCAAACUAAUGAAGCUGGGGUCAGGUUCAGUUUGUUCGGUUUGCUUCUGA